AAAUGAGUCGCGGUGGAUUCAGGAGUUAUGGGUAUAAUUCUUCUUCUGGUGGAGGUUAUGAAGGAGGCUAUGGAGGAGGCUAUGGCGGAGGCUACGGCGGAUACAGCCAAAAACGAAAUUACAAUGAUUGUGAGGAGGAUGGGGAGCAAAAAUACGCUGAAACAGAGCAAUUUGAGCACAGAAAUCCAAACCGCGAGCCUCUCCAAAAACGUGCGAGGCCAGAAGCCACUGAAGGUGAAAAAUCAGCGAUUCGGAAGCGUUUCGAGCAGGCAAAGCUGAAAGAGUGGCGUCUUAUCAUCAGAAACCUUCCAUUCAAGACAAAAAAGGAGGAUCUGCAGAAUUUAUGCUCAAAUAUCGGAAAAUUCGUGGAAAUCGUGCUUCCACCGUCGAGAAAGGACCCAAAAACUUGCGCAGGCUUCGGCUUCAUCCAGUUUGUCGAGAAGGCCGACGCGGAGAAGGGCCGCGAGUUUUUCAACACGAAUAAGGUGCUCGGCAGGUCGGUGGCUGCGGAUUGGGCGCUGGAUAAGGACACUUACGAGACGAAUGCUCAUGAGGAGAAGCAGCAUUUGAAGAAAGUGGUGAAAGUGGAGAAGGACGAGAAGCCGGAGGAGAAGAGCAAGAAAUUCGAUGAGGAAGAGGGUGAGGAGGAAUCCGAAGGUUCGGAGGAUGGAUCAGAAGCUUUCGAAGCUUCCGAAGCUUCCGAAGACGACGAGGAUGACGAAGAACCAGCUAAGAAACCAAAAAAUCCAAAAGCCCAGCUCAAAACCGACGAAUCUAUCACAGAGGGGAAGGUGGUGUUCCUGAGAAAUCUGUCCUACGACACCAAGGAAGAGCUCAUCAAGGAAGAGCUCUCCAAGUUCGGAAAAAUCGAUCUCGCCAUCAUUUGCAAGUACAAGGACAGUGGCCACUCCAAGGGAACCGCAUUCGUCCAUUUUUCCACACCAAUUGAGGCUUCCAACUGUAUUGAGGGUGUCGAAGACGGUGUUAUUAUUGAUAAUAGGCUUGUGAAGGCGAAUCUGGCGAUUCCGAGGAAAGAGGCGGCUGAUAUGGAGAAGGAGAAGCUCACCAAGGUGCCAAAAGACAAGAGAAAUUUGAGAUUGGCCAGAUUUGGACUGAUUCGUGAUGGAACUGCGGCGGCGGCCGGGAUGAGUAAGGAUGAUGCGGCGAAGAGGGAGAGAAUUGCUGAGGCGAUGAGGAAGAAGCUCGAGAACACGAAUAUGUUCAUCUCGCCAGUCCGUCUUUGCAUUCACAAUCUCCCCCAGAAAAUCAACGACGUGAAGCUCAAAGAACUGGCUCAAAAAUUCACGUCACCAGGAGCUCUGAUCACCGAAUGUCGUGUCUGGAUGGACAAGAAGCGUCUGACACCUGAUGGAAAGCCCAAAUCUUCGGGAUUCGGAUUUGUGGCAUUUAAAGAGCACAUGCACGCGUUGGAAUGUCUCAAAAAGCUCAAUAAUAAUGCGGAGACGUUCCACAAGGAUCAUCGUCCGAUUGUCGAAUUUUCUGUGGAGAAUUUGCUCGCCUUGCAGGCCAGAGCCCGUCGAAACGUGAAAAACACUACAGAAAAGAUGAGCGAACGUGUGGUAAACGAGAAGAUUCGUCAACAAGUGAAACAGUCGAUUGGCGAAGUUCAUACUGCCGGAAUGAAAUUCUUGCCGAAAUUCACCGGAAAAAAGAUUCGCCACCGAAAUUUAAGCGGUCGUGCCAAGAAGAACGUGGAUCGAGUGAAAGCCGCCAAAAACUCGAAACAACCGGAAAUGCCGACGAGUGUUGGGAAGAAAAAGAAGGCGAUGAAGAAGAAUGUCUCGAAAUAUUUGUCACUUUCCACCUAAAUUUUUUCCUCAAAUUUUCUCAAGUUUUUGGAAUUUUCGAUAUUAUUUUUAAAGGAUUUUUCAAGGAGAUUUUCGCUGGUUUUUAGGGUAUUUUAGAGGAAAUCUCCCCCUUUUAAUGCAUUUUUCAGCUAAUUUCCCCCUAAUUCCCAACAAAAAUCUCCAAAAAAUUCCAAUUUUCAUUGUUUUUCCCCAGUUGUUAUUCAUUGAUUUUUACGUCACCUUGUUUUUUUUUUGUUGAAAAAAUUAUUUUUGUUU